AUUUAGAUCCUUGCUUUCUUUCAGUCAGUGUUGGUGCAUUGUUGUCAGAAAUCAUGUCUACAUAGUUCUGUCAUGUUUUUUGGAGUGGUGAGUUUGUUUACUUGAAAUUAGAUUUUGGACUUUGUUAGUUUUUUUUUUUUGGAGUAAAUCCUGAACUCCUGCCUGCCUCUCUGCUUCCCUGCACUUGGGUCCACCUUUUGCUUUAACACCACAAUAGCUUGCAACUGUAUCAAAAACAGCAAAAUGUACAUUUUAAAAAAGGGAGUUACUUUUCAGUCACCCUGUACGCAUACAAGUAAAAUUUAAACUUGGUGAUGUGACUGUUAAAAUAGCAAAUUCCACAUUAAGGACAAAAUACUUGAAAAUUGAGCUCUCGUCAUGAGCCGUACUGCUCCCAUUAUCCCUGCCAAUGUGACGUCACAUCUGACCUUCCCGAGGCACAAUGAAGCUUUCCUGUACGGAGGAAACAAAGUACACACAACUCAAGUAUGACGUGAAAUGCCACAAGUAUUAAAAACAAAGGCGCGGGUGAUUAAGGGGGUGUCAGUAUAUGAGUGGAGCUAGUGAUGUCACACCUCCCAGGCAGCCACGAUUGGACCCUAAUUAGAAAGCUGGCUGAGGAAUAGAUAGGCGUCACGCGUGUCCUGCUUGAUUGAAUCCACAGUAGCUGACGCCUAAAUUUCCACAGAGGCAGAGAGCACUGAAAAACCGCACUAGUGAUGCUGAGCGCAGAGAAAACGGUCUCCUCCACAAGCGGACUUCCAGCCAGAUGGUUGUGAUAAUAGGAGCUGCUUAAAAAAACAAAACAACGCAGCCUCCUUUUUUUUUUGGUUGUUGUUGUUGCGAGGAGGGGCAAAUAAAGGAGGCGAAAGGGAAGAGUCCGGCCACAAGUCUCAAGUUAGUCCGACGAGUCGUUCCAAAGGGCAGAUGGCGUCCGUACUUGGGAACAACAGCCGCGCGUCGGGGGCUCAAGGUGGCCAGGUUAAAUGCAAGCUGAAGAGGAGGAGGAGGAGAAGAUCCAAGCGAAAAGAUCAAGAACCAAGCUUCCUCCGCCUAGCUGGCAAGAAGUGGACGGUAGAGCGGAUGCCGGAGCUGCAAUGUGGGCGGGUUGUCCGGCGGGGAUCUAGCGAGAAAGUCAGUAUGAUGUCAGCAUUGAUCAAUCCCUUCAAGUACAUAAGCCCUGGGACCAGCAGCACAGAGGACGAGGACAGUUUAAGUACCAGCAGUGCAGAGGUGAAAGAGAACCGCAAUAUUGAUAACUUGGAGGAUCGCUCCUUAGCAUCAGUUGAGUGUCAAUCACUCUUCUGCUCUGAAUCUACAAGGAGUGGGAGUUCUAGUCUGAAGAGGAAACGGCCCCUGGAGGAAGACAACAAUGGUCACCUCAGCCAACUACGUCUGAUCUAUAAGAAACUGUCCUGGUCUGAGGCACCAAAGAAUGCUUUGGUUCAGCUCAAUGAGCUUCGGCCAGGUCUUCAGUAUCGCAUGGUUUCACAAACAGGUCCAGUCCACGCUCCUGUUUUCUCUAUUGCUGUUGAGGUUAAUGGCUUGACCUUUGAAGGGACAGGCCCCACAAAGAAGAAGGCUAAGAUGAGGGCAGCAGAGCUGGCCCUUAAAUCUUUUAUUCAGUUUCCUAAUGCUCCUCAGGCCCACUUAGCCAUGGGAAACAUCUCAAACCCAUCAGCCGACUUCACCUCAGACCAAGCUGACUUCCCCGACACUCUUUUCAAAGAGUUUGAAUCUUCAGAAUGCUCUGAUGGCCUCACCCUUUGCAACUCAGAAGCAGAAAGUCAGCUAUUAUCAACUGAGCUCCUGCGACAUGGACGCUUGCUUCGCCAUACCUUGGACUUGAUGGUACAGGCUCAGCAGAGGUUGGGGGGCAUUGUUCCAGAGCCCAAUGCGCCCAAGAGUCCCGUGGUGCUGCUCAAUGAGCUGCGUCCGGGUUUGCGCUAUGCCUGUCUCUCUGAGCGUGCCGAGGGCCGGCGGCUGCGUAGCUUUGUGAUGGCAGUACGCGUGGAUGGACGGAUUUUUGAGGGCUGUGGUCGUAGCAAGAAGAUGGCCAAGACCCAGGCAGCCCAGUGCGCUCUUGAGGCCCUCUUUAAUAUCAGGACAGCCCCUGAAGGGAGGAUGGGUCUCAAAGCCAGCAGGAAGAUAUGCCCUCAUUUACCCCAGGACUUUGCCGAUUCAAUAUUCCACUUGGUGAGGGAGAAGUAUCGCACACUGCUGGGCGGCUGCAGUCCAGCUUACUCUCAACACAAAUCCCUGGCAGGCAUCGUAAUGACCCGAGGUCUGGACAUUAACUAUGCCCAGGUGGUGGCGUUGUCCACAGGAACCAAAUGUAUCAACGGGGAGAAUCUGAGUGACCAGGGACAAGUGGUCAAUGACUGUCACGCUGAAGUGACAGUACGCAGAGCCCUGCUACGCUUCCUCUAUUCUCAACUGGAGCUCUUCUUUAGUAAAAGGCCAGAAGACUGGGAACAGUCUAUUUUUGUGAGGCAUAAGGAGCGCAGCUACAGGUUACGAGACAGCGUCCACUUCCACAUGUACAUCAGCACCUCGCCGUGUGGGGACGGGAGACUCAACUCGCCCUACGAAAUCACCACGGACUUACCCAGCAGCAGAAACCUCAUGAGGAAGCACCGCUGCCACCUGCGAACCAAAAUCGAAUCAGGCGAGGGUACGGUACCAGUGAGGUGUCGGGGGUCCGUCCAGACGUGGGACGGGAUUUUACAGGGAGAGCAGCUCAUCACCAUGUCCUGCACUGACAAAAUGAUCAGGUGGAAUAUUCUUGGCCUGCAGGGUGCGUUGCUGAGCCACUUAAUGGAGCCUGUGUACCUUCAUAGCGUGACUGUGGGCAGCCUGCGCCACACGGGCCAUCUGGGCAGGGUCCUGAACCAACGGCAGGAACGAUUAGGCCCCCUUCCCGCCACGUACAGACGCAACCAGCCGCUACUCAGUGGGUUAAGCUGUGUCGAGUAUCAGUAUUCAGGGAAGGUCUUGUGCGUGAGUGUCAACUGGACGUCGGGCGACGCGCAGUUGGAGGUGGUAAACACCGCCACAGGACGGAGACGUGACUCAGGGAUGCCUUCACGCCUCUGCAAACACGCACUGUUCACACGCUGGAACAGACUUUACUGCAAGCUGGGGGUCCCCGCGUCCCGCCCAGAAGACAGUCAGCUCGUUUACUCCCAGGCCAAGAUGGCGGCAGGCCCUUACCAGACAGUGAAGCAGCAGUGGUUCAGGUCUCUGCAAGAAACAGGCCUGGGCACCUGGGUGAAGAAACCACCUGAGCAGGAACAGUUCCUGCUAUGAGACUAAAGAGUCUGUGUUUGUGUGUGUGUACAUGCGUGUGAAUGUGUUAACCUUUAUUUUUUUUUUUAGGGUAAGGUAGGGGCCAUGCUCUUUGCAAACAUAUACACCCUGCAUAACCGAGAGUGGAAAGCUGUCAUCAUUGUGUGUGUUUUGUUGUGAAUGUCCCACACAUCCGCUCCACCAGUCAAUACAAACACCGGAAGGUCAACUGGAUGUGCUGAAAGGAACAGGAAAUAAAAGGGAUUGUGUGUUUUGUUUUUUUGGGGGUUUUUUUUAGCCAACGCCUCCUUUAAACUCACACACGCGCACACACGUGUCAACACACCCUGCUGCAACCCCACCUCUCAGGUGUGGCGUCUGUCACAGAAGGGUGGAGUAACCUUGAGCUAAAUGAAAGGCAGCCGCUAUCUUGUCAUCAGCUAUUUCCGGGCCCCAAGGCUCCCGCUGAGGAGCAGAGCCAAGGGAGAGAGAGAGAAAAAGAGGAAAGGAGAGAGCAAGAGAGGGAGAGGACCCCAUCCAAUUACUGGCCCUGUCAUGGUGACGGGUGAUAGAGGAAGAGAAAGGGAUGGGUGGAGGGAGUGAGACAAAAAGAAGGUAGAGACACAAUUCAAUGCCAUCUCAACCAACCCUUCACCUUUUUCUAUGGUUGCCCUCUUUUGACUUCGCCCUUUUUUUCCCCACUUCCUUUGUCUCCGUCACUCACCCCACCCCCGCUCCUUGUCAAUCUCCGCUGCAGCCUCGCUUUUCAAGCACAGCACAGUUCAACACGACAUGACGACAGGUUAAUACACCACACUGGGUCGAGAGAAGACGAGGUACAUGAGUGCGGCCAUUACCGCUUCCUCAAGUGCGAGUGGAGCUGAUGAUGGAGAGAGUGACUCUUCUGUUCUAUGCUUUCAUGCUAAAUAUAUCUCCUUACCGUUUCCGUGCCCUGACCUGGAUCCACAUCUCCAUAUCGCACGUCACUUUUUGAACACAAAGGCCUUGUUGACCUGAAUCUCUACAGCUAUGAUCAUCAUGUUCUAAUGAUGGGAAAGAUUAUUAUUAUAUUAUAGAUUUGUAUUGUUUUGUUUAAGAGGACAGGGACUCCUCUUAAGGAAUAUAAAGUAUAUCCAAAAGUUGAAAAAAUCUUGAGCUUAAACAAAAACAGGUGAGAUGAGAUGCCACAAAAGGUAUUUUUUAUUUUUUAUUUAUUUUUAUUUUUUUGUCCUCUCAUUUUUUUAUUUUCUGUUGCUUUUGCUUUCAGGACUGAGCCCUGCUGCGACUUGUGAAAAUCUGCAAUUGAUGCCCUUCCCCUUCCCAAAAAGAUUUCUAAUUGCCAAAAGAUGCCACACGAUGGCAGCAAAAUGCUACUUCUCUAUUAGACCGGGCUUACACCCUGCCAAAAUAAAGCUCCUUCCUUACAGUAGUUCCUUGGCACCAAAGUGCCACAGGAUGGCACCAAAGCAAUAUUAUUAUUUUAUAAUUUUAGUCAGGGUCUUGGUCUGAGUACAAAACAGCGAAUAUGUGAGUUUUUCAAUAAAUAAUGGAGGAUAGGUAAGAUAGGUAAAGCACUACUCUUGUCUCAACUCCUCAACUCACUUCAACAUAGUUCCCUUGGAAAAUUAGGAUAUAUUUUUAAAAUGUACCUCCUCCUCCCACAUUUUUUUGUCCGAUUCAAACCAUUCCAACUUCCAACAAAAUAUUUAGCUCAUUCAGACAUCUUGAGAAAGGAUCACAUUUCCAAAAUGUACACAUUUUCACAUUAUAAUUCCAAAACUCACAGACAUUUUAUAUAUUUACCUCCUCGUUCCAAAUUUCGCGAUAGAUUCAAACCAUUCUAAUUCUGAUCUUCCCCAUGCUUCAACAGUUAUCUGAAAUUCCAUAGCAUUUCAUUUUCAGUUCAGUCUUCAAUUCUUCAGUCUUCAAUUAAUCUAACAUGCUUGUUUUUGGGAUGUAGGAGGAAGCUGGAGUGACAGUAAAAAAUAAAAAAUAAAAAACAAGCACAGGGAGAAAAUUAUUGUUCCUGAUUUAGAGAAUGCUCACUAGUUCAGCAAUGUAAUUUGCUACCCACUCGAUGCAGGUCGCUGUUAAUCUGCGUUAUGAUUGUGCUGGCUGCACAUUGAUUUGGGAGACUGACAGACAGCGGCAUGGCUCGGCCUGUAAGUAACAUGGAAGCAGUGAGAGUGACAUCUGGUAAUUCCAUGUUGUGGUUAUUUGACCUGUGGCCCCCCAGCUCCAAGGAGCAGACACCUUGAUUAUUGGAGAAUAUCAAGUCAAUAUGUGUGAACCUACAAAUACAUGCACCACAUUUACACCAAGAGUUUGAACAGUAGCCAUAUAUGGCUAUGCAAUAAUCCAAAGAGAUCCCAUACAAAAGAAAAAUUCUGCCUUUACAGUGAUAACAAUGGCCAGUUUUUUAAUUGACACUGUCACCGAAGUAUUCAUUUAACAAUAUUAAUGAGGUUUUAGUUUGUUUGUGCACGUGGUCCUGGUGUUGUGGCGAGUUGAUGCAUGUAAUAAAAUAAAACAACAAAUGUAAUUUUCCCUUAUGGUGACAAAUAAACUGCCACAUCUUAAUUCUCCGGACAGUUGGCGGUGAGAUCACACACAAUAUCAAAUAUUAUAUACUGUACUCUCUCACAACAGGAACAUUUGCCAAAGUGAUUCAGUACAAAAACUGUAUCAACCUUCAUUAGAAUAUUAGUACUUUGGGUUGACACAUAAGUGUAUUAUUGUGGUUGUAGUUAGCAUCACACUGGGAGGUGUCCCUAAUAUUUGUUAAUAAAGCUUUUGAAUUGGAUCUCAUAUAGAUUGUGUCCAAUGUUGUGGUCUGACUGUAAACAACUAUCGUGUAGAUCUUUUGAACCAGAUUCAACCAGAUCUACUGUAGUUUCUGCCCCCACUCCACAUUUUUUACGGAAAGCUCAUAUACUGUACCUUUAAGUGCUUUUCAUGUUGCAGUGGUUGUGUAGCAAUGAAAGUCUUGUAGCAAACUAACAAGACACAUCCACACAUUGCAUUUUCAUCUCAUAUAAAUUAAUAAAGCUUUAUUUCUCAUCUGUGUGUCAACUGCAUUCAUCACAGACAGACUGACCCAUUAGUUAUCAGAAAUACAUUGAAUUAUUGUCUAAAUGGCAAUAUUCUACCUAUGUGUACAUAUGUAAAAAUCUAUCGUAUCUGACAUGUUGACAAGAGAUCCUCAAAUGUCUAAUGAUGAUGUACAUUUACAGUAUAUGAAGAACUGCUGCUAAGGUCUUUAAAAUGCACUUCAGUGACAAAAUAAAAAGUGAAUGUUUGUACCGUAUAUGUCAAUAAAACCACGUGACAUUUUA